AUGAGCCGCUCCUCACCAAUAGCUUUGAUUCUUGGUGGAUGCUGCUGCAACGUGUACCUGUUUGAGGAACUCACUAGAGAUGAAAGGUUCAUUUCCCAAGCCCCGAACUUGGGAACUACGAUCACCCUAUGUCAGUUUGUUUUCGUGCUGUUAGCGUGUCUACCGAGUCAGCUUGAAGGUGUGUUCCUUAGGAAACCUGCAAUCCCACUACUGAAGCUAAUAUUUCUUGUCAUUCUUUAUUUUGCCACUUCGGUGUUGAACAAUCUGGCCUGGCGCUAUGGCAUCUCUGUGCCAAUUCACAUAGUGUUCAGGUCAAGCAGUACUGUAAUGUCUAUGAUCGUGGGUUACGUCAUUGGUGGGAAUUUGUACCUGAAGCACCAAGUGAUGCUGUGCGUUUCGAUGACCGUGGGUACAAUUUUGGUGAUAUUGCAAAGGCAAGAAAACAGCGAUGCCGCGUCUUACAACCAUCUAUUCUUCUGUGGUGUUGCUGUGCUCACAUUUGCCUCGUUCUUGGGCGCCUACAUGGGUCUCUACACGGAGAAAUUAUACCAAAGGUACGGAUCUCAUUGGCAAGAAACCCAGUUUUACACUCAUUUUUUGGCAUUGCCUACAUUACUUUUCCUUGGACCGGCAGUAUUCACAGAUCUCGAAGUUAUACGAAACUCUGAAUCUGUUUUUCUUGGUUUGCCCAGGGGAAUUGUGCUUCUUCUAGUCAAUGCAACAACCCAACUUGUCUGUACUCUGGGAGUCAACAGACUAGCCAGCACCUCCUCCUCUUUGACAGUGGCGGUGAUCUUGCUCGCCAGAAAGUUUGUCAGUUUGGCUAUCAGUGCUUACAUUCACGGUUCAUCUUUUACGACCCAGGGAAUCGUUGGCUCGAUAAUAAUUGUUGUUGCAACAAUUCACUACGCCGUUGCUAGUAAGGUAGAGAAGGCAACCGAACAGAAAAUAAAGACACAUUAG